CGGUUUGAUGCUUGAUUAGAUAGAAAGUUCGUAAAUAAGGAGAAAGAUCAUAAAUUGAAUGUCUCUGCAAUAAUUUGUCCCAAAAUGGCACACAAUUAUGUUGUCACGGCACAUAAGCCGACUGCUGUUAAUGCGUGUGUUACAGGUAAUUUCACAUCACCAGAUGACUUAAAUUUGAUAAUUGCAAGAAAUACUCGAAUGGAAAUAUAUGUUGUGACACCAGAAGGUCUACGUCCUGUGAAGGAAGUCGGUGUAUAUGGUAGAAUUGCAGUGAUGGAGUUAUUUAGACCGCCAGGAGAGUCCAAAGAUCUGAUGUUUUUACUGACGCAGAGAUAUAAUGCCAUGAUUUUAGAAUGUAAUCAAAAUGGAGAAAACAUUGAUAUCAUCACAAGAGCACAUGGCAAUGUGCAGGAUAAGAUUGGUCGAGCGUCCGAGACUGGAAUUAUUGGUAUCAUUGAUCCACUGUGUCGUGUAAUUGGACUCCGAUUGUAUGAUGGACUCUUCAAAGUUAUUCCCCUUGAAAGAGACAAUAAAGAACUAAAGGCUUUUAAUAUAAGACUAGAAGAGCUGACUGUUAUUGAUAUCCAGUUUCUUCAUGGCUGUACCACACCAACCCUCAUCCUAAUUCACCAGGAUCAACAUGGUCGCCACGUCAAAACAUACGAGAUUUCUCUUCGAGACAAAGAAUUUCAGAAAGGUCCAUGGAAACAGGAUAACGUGGAAACAGAAGCCUGCAUGCUUAUUGCUGUACCUGAGCCAUUUGGUGGAGCUCUGAUCAUUGGACAGGAAUCUAUUACAUACCACAAGGGAGAUAACUUUAUUCCAAUUGCCCCUCCUGCCAUUAAGCAAAGUACAUUAACAUGCUACGGCAAGGUGGAUGCAAAUGGUUCCCGUUAUUUACUGGGAGACAUGAUGGGCCGACUCUUCAUGCUGAUGUUAGAGAAGGAGGAGAAGAUGGACUCCACCGUCACUGUCAAAGAUCUCAAAGUUGAACUCCUCGGGGAGACAACAAUAGCAGAGUGCAUUACCUACUUGGACAAUGCUGUGGUGUACAUUGGAUCAAGGCUAGGAGAUUCACAGCUUGUCAAGCUCAAUGUGGAGCCAGAUGAAAAUGGAUCAUAUGUGCAGGAAAUGGAGAGAUUCACAAAUCUAGGUCCUAUUCUGGACAUGUGUGUUGUUGACCUUGAGAGACAAGGUCAAGGACAGCUUGUUACUUGUUCUGGUGCAUACAAAGAAGGCUCUUUGAGGAUAAUACGCAAUGGUAUCGGAAUUCAUGAACAUGCCAGUAUUGAUUUACCAGGAAUCAAAGGAAUCUGGUCCCUUAGAGUGAACUCCCCCGAGUAUGACAACAUGAUAGUUCUAUCUUUUGUGGGACAAACAAGAGUGUUAAUGCUGAAUGGGGAAGAGGUUGAGGAAACGGAGCUGUCUGGGUUUGAAUCAGAUCAACAGACCUUCCUCUGUGCCAAUGUUGUCCACAACCAGCUCCUUCAGAUAACUCCUCAGUCAGUCCGACUGAUUAGCUGUGAUAACCAGAAACUCCUGAAGGAAUGGAAGCACCCUGGGGGUAAGAACAUCAGUCUGGCCAGCAGUAACACCUGCCAGGUGGUCGCCUGUGUGGGCAGCGAGCUGUACUACCUGGAGCUGCUGCAAGGGGACAUCAAGCAAGUCAGCACAAGCACAAUGGAGCAUGAGGUGGCCUGUGUGGACCUGACCCCCCUCCGUGAGGGAGAGGAAAAGUCCCACCUGUGUGCUAUUGGUCUGUGGACGGACAUCUCGGCCAGAGUUCUCAGUCUCCCAGACUUCAACAGUCUUCACGUGGAAAUGCUGGGUGGAGAAAUUAUACCAAGAUCUAUUCUGAUGACAACUUUUGAAGGCAUCCAUUACUUACUGUGUGCACUAGGAGAUGGUUCCUUGUUCUACUUUAAUUUUAACAUUGACACAGGUUAUUUCACAGAGAAGAGGAAAGUAACCCUGGGUACACAGCCAACAGUGUUACGGACAUUUAGAUCUCUCUCCACAACUAAUGUGUUUGCGUGCUCAGAUCGACCGACUGUUAUAUAUUCCAGCAAUCACAAACUUGUUUUCUCCAAUGUCAACUUGAAAGAGGUCAAUCACAUGUGUCCGUUGAAUUCAGAGGGAUAUCCCGACAGCUUGGCGUUAGCUAAUGAUGGCACUCUUACCAUUGGAACAAUAGAUGAAAUUCAGAAAUUACACAUCAGAACAAUUCCCUUAGGAGAAUCACCAAGGCGCAUAGCUUAUCAGGAGUCGUCCCAGACGUUUGGUGUUAUUUCCAUGCGGAUGGACUUACAGGAUAGUAACGGGCUGAACCCAACCCGCCCUAGUGCCAGCACCCACGCCGCCAUGAUGAGCUCCAGCUCCAGUGGGAAGGUCACCAUGGGAACCAGCACCAUGGGAGAGCACUCUGCCGGUGAUGAAGUGGAGGUCCAUUCUCUGCUGAUCAUUGAUCAACAUACAUUCGAAGUGCUACACUCUCAUCAGCUAAUGCCAAAUGAGUUCGCCACUAGUCUUAUCUCAGCCAGACUCGGGGAGGACCCCUGUAACUACUACAUUGUGGGGACAGCCCUAGUCCACCCAGAGGAGGCAGAACCCAAGCAAGGGAGGAUCGUCAUCUUCCACUUCCAUGAGGGUAAAUUAAAUCAAAUAGCUGAAAAAGAAAUCAAAGGUGCUGCAUACACACUGGUGGAGUUCAAUGGAAAAUUAUUAGCCAGCAUCAACAGCACUGUGCGGUUGUUUGAAUGGACAACAGAUAAGGAGUUAAGACUAGAGUGCAAUUAUUUCAAUAGUAUUGUGGCAUUAUAUCUGAAAACCAAAGGAGACUUCAUUUUAGUGGGGGACCUAAUGAGGUCGAUCACGCUGUUGCUGUACAAGCCAAUGGAGGGAACUUUUGAAGAGAUUGCAAGGGACUGCAAUCCUAAUUGGACCACAGCAGUCGAGAUUUUGGAUGAUGAUAAUUUCCUUGGAGCAGAAAAUUCUUUUAAUUUAUUCACAUGCCAGAAAGACAGUGCUUCUACAACGGAUGAGGACAGACAAAAUCUUCAGGAGGUUGGAAUGUUUCAUCUUGGUGAAUUUGUCAAUGUAUUUAGACAUGGUUCUUUAGUGAUGCAACAUUCUGGAGAGACUAGCACUCCCACCCAAGGGUCUGUACUGUAUGGUACGGUCAAUGGGGCUGUAGGUUUGGUGACCCAGGUCCCCCAAGAGUUUUACUCCUUCCUACAGGACAUUCAGUCACGUCUAGCCAAGGUGAUCAAGAGUGUCGGCAAGAUUGAGCAUUCAUUCUGGCGAUCCUUCCACACAGAAAGAAAAACAGAGGCCUGUGAAGGGUUUAUUGAUGGAGAUUUGAUUGAGAGCUUCCUAGAUCUGAACAGAGAUAAAAUGCAGGAAACUGUGAAAGGUCUACAGAUCGACGAUGGAAGUGGCAUGAAAAGGGAAGCUACUGUUGAUGAUUUGGUGAAAACCAUAGAAGAAUUAACACGCAUUCAUUAAAGAAAUCCCACCAUCAAAUGAACAGUAAUCUAAGACAAUAAGGUGUGGAUGUUUUCCCACAUCUGCAUUUGUACAUAUAAGACUUAUGAAAGUGGGAAGUUUUAGUGCUACUGAUGUGUAUAUUGUUUUAUUAUCAGAAGUACAUGUCUUGUACUUUGGAAAUUGUUGCUCGGUAUGUCCAUUAAAUUAUGUAUUUCAGA